GUACGUUAUCACAAAGGAAAAGAUGGCGUCGGUAGCAGAAAUGUACGAUGUAGGAUGGGAAGAGAUGAGAGAUAAGCUGCGGAAAUGGAGAGAAGAUAACUGCAGAAACAGUGAACAGAUUGUGGAUGUUGGUGAAGAACUCAUCAGUGAACAUGCAUCUAAACUGGGAGAUGACAUAUGGAUUAUUUAUGAGCAGGUGAUGAUUGCAGCCCUGGACUGCAGUCGGGAUGACUUGGCUCUGACCUGUCUACAGGAACUGAGGAAGCAGUUUCCAGAUAGCCACAGAGUGAAGCGAUUAACGGGCAUGAGGCUGGAAGCUUUGGAAAGGUACGAUGAGGCCAACAAGCACUAUGAUGCCAUUCUCCAAGACGACCCCACCAAUACGGCAGCAAGGAAGCGCAAGAUCUCCAUACUGAAGGCCCAGGGGAAGAGCACUGAAGCCAUCCGGGAGCUCAAUGAGUAUUUGGAGCAGUUUGUUGGAGACCAGGAAGCAUGGCAUGAGCUGUCAGAGCUCUACAUCAACGAACAUGACUAUGGAAAAGCUGCAUUUUGCCUGGAGGAGCUGAUGAUGAUCAAUCCUCACAAUCACUUGUACUGUGAGCAGUACGCUGAGGUGAAGUACACUCAGGGGGGGCUGGAAAACCUGGAGCUGUCCAGGAAGUAUUUUGCCCAGGCGCUGAGGCUGAAUAACCGAAACAUGAGGGCAUUGUUUGGUCUGUACAUGUCUGCAAGUCACAUCGCUGCCAGUCCUAAAGUUAGUGCCAAGGUGAAGAAGGACAACAUGAAGUAUGCUGCUUGGGCUGCCACUCAAAUAAAUAGAGCCUAUAAGUUGGCUGGUCGUGGGACCAAGGAGAACAAAUGCUCCAUGAAGACGGUGGAGGAGAUGCUGGAGUCGAUGCAGAUCACAAUGUCCUAGACGCCCUUGUGUACAUCUGUCCUUGGAGCAACAUGGCAGCUCAAGUAGACUUGCAAUGUGACCAGAGCGGUUGUAGAAAUUAUUAUUUUUUAAUCAGGUUUGGUUCUGUAAGAGGACAUUUGUUAUGCUCAAACACAUUGAUUUUGCCACCUGCCUGUGAGUUAAAUCCACAUAUUUCAAAAUUACUAACAAACAUACAAAGUGUCUCCUCAGAUUGGACUGUACUAGUCCUCCCCUUUCUAGGUUCUUUUAAGUUCAGCUAAUAUCACUAAUUACUACAUUUGCAUUAAUGAUAUGACUGUAACCAGGAGAAAAACAAGCUGUACAGUAAAUGUUAUUUUUAAGAGAUCCCACAUGUCUGCACUGAUGUCUGCUACUGUCUGUUUCCAUUCUAUCUGUAAAUGAAAAAAAAAUCUAAUUUAAUAAACCAGCUGUUCCCCCCCC